AUGGCCAACCAGGAACUUGAUGCGAGUGUUAUCAAUCCUUCGAGAGAGGUGGAAGAGUCGGAUGUUAAUUUGAAAGAAGAGAUGUAUAAGUUGAGACAACAGAUGUCCGUGAUGUAUCAAGCAUGGGUAAAAAAGCACCCACCACCACUUUACCCCGCCAACCCUGCCUUCGUCCCGCCAUUGGCUCAGUCUCAAGAACCUCCUGCUACCGAUUCGUGCCGGGGGUUUAAGAUGCCCAAGUUUGAUUUGUAUGAUGGGCACGGAGACCCGAUGGCACACUUGAGAGGUUUUUGUAGCAAAAUGAGGGGAGCUGGCGGGAAGGACGAGUUGCUAAUGGCGUAUUUCAGUCAGAGUCUGAGUGGUUCGGCGCUGGAGUGGUACACUCGGCAGGAUCACAGAAGAUGGUAUACAUGGGAUGAUCUAGCCCAAGCCUUCGCUUGUCACUUCCAGUACAAUCUCGAGAUUAUUCCAGAUCGUUUGUCUUUGACAAAGAUUGAGAAAAAGCACAAUGAAUGCUUCAGGGAGUAUGGUUUUCGAUGGAGAGAACAGGCAACAAGGGUUGACCCUCCAAUGAAAGAGAGUGAAAUGGUGGAUUAUUUUCUACAGGCCUUAGAACCUACUUAUUACGGUUAUCUGGUAUCAGCUAUAGGCAAGUCCUUUAAUGAAGUGGUGAAGAUGGCCGGUAUGGUAGAAGAAGGACUUAAGUCAAACAAAAUCAUGAGCUAUUCGGCUAUUAAGGCAACCACCCAAGCCAUUCAAAGUGGAACUGGGGGAGUAAUUGGAAAGAAGAAGAAAGAGGACGUGGCUAAGACAAUUGGACAUGCUGAGGCCGAUCGAGUCAAAAUUGCCAAAUCCUCUCCGAAAAAUCUUGAUUAUUCUGUAAGCUGUGAAUUUUCUUCUGGUGCUCCGGGGCAUGACACAGAAAAAUGCUGGCAUUUGAAGAAUGCUAUCCAGGAGCUCAUUGAUGCAAAUCGGAUUGAAGUCCAAGCUCCGAAGCGCCAAAUAUCAACCAGAACCUGUUGCCGACCCAUCAGGAGACAAAUAUGA